CGCGUUGCUUUUAUCCGGAUGGGCUGGCACUUUUUUUGAAGGCGUCUUCUUUUACGAUGAAGACCCUCUUGCAGAUGUCUUUUUCGCCAUUCCUUUUAGUAGCUCAAGGUCUUCUGUUUGCGCUUCUUUCAACUUGUUCUCGGGUGGCGAGGACCUCCACCGCGGGAAAACUGGUGCUUCUGUCGUGACAACAAGAAUGGGUGUGAACAAUGAUCCUGGGCAACAACAUCAACAUGGAAGCACAUCACCUCCACCAAAUAUUAUGUUGUUGUCCAAAAGUCCUUGGUCUUGGUCAGGAGCGUCAGCAACAUGGGAGAGAACCGGGACGGACGAGAGAAGAUCCAACGAGGCAGAUGCAUGUGGUAAAACCUCAAGGACCACACCACUACGGUUAUCCAGCGCGAGUCACGGAUGUGGAGGGACGGAAGGACAAGGAGAUCAUACAGGUAAUAUGCCACCAAAGAGACUCGGAGCCUCCGUGCCACUGCCGUCUUCAGUUUCAGAGUUCCGCAACCAGCCUGAUUGUCCACUAUCAGCAGACGAGCGCAUGGAUGUGACCACUUCGACAUUCCGUGUACGGUUUCCCGCCUCUACUCCAGCUAGCUGCCGCAGCGACGAGAGUCCGAACUAUUCUGCCUGCACUACCCCUUGCGGAGAGUUGAAUACUCACACACCGCAAAUAGAACAAGACGAAGACGGAGUCCUGAACAAUCAUAUUAGCUUCGUGUCUUUGCGUAAAGGGUUGUGGCGUUUCUUUAACCUUCUCGAAGAGGAGUCUGCUUCUGUUGCUGUCGGCUCCGAUCAACAGACUGAGAUGGCGAUGGGAGAUCUCCAUAGAGAAAGUGAAGUGGAACUUGAAGUUGGUCCCCAACCGCCGAGCUCUCCUCAAGGAGGAAUCGAAUGCACACCGCGAUCGACGCCGUUUUCUGCCGCAUGGACGACAGGUGUGCAAGUUACAGAAGAUGGUGCUAGAAGGAAUAGGUUGUCUCCAUCGUCGAAGGAAGGCGCAUUGUUCUACCCGCAAGAUCCAUCUUCAAGAAAGGUUUUCGCAGAACAUCCAGAAGUUGCUGGUGAGCAUCAAAAUCGUUCUGAUCGUGAGUGGACUGGAAUAAACCGCGUUGCUGGAAAAGAGGACGGAAGCGCACGUUGUGGUCCUCCCUCUGAUAGAUCACGACCGAGUCAUACUGACCAAUGUCAACAGCAUGCAGUUCCUGGACUUUCUGGUGAAAAGGGAAAUGGUGCUUCUUGGAGCGAGAAUGUUCAUGAGCGUGUAUGCCCAGGGCAACACGAGGUAAACGAUGCCAACUCCGUAGUGGUCAACACCGAAGAGUCUGCCGAAGAUCUUGGACGGUUUCAGGUUCGGUCUGUGACAGUGAAGACCCCAAAGCGGACGCGUCGCGAGUGGCUUUUGGCUCUUGGACUACGGCGCGUUUUCUCCAAAGGCCCCCUAGGCGCCUUGUUGCAGCUAUCAACUAGGCGAAGCUCCUCGUCCACAUCUGCGAGUGGCGGAGCAUCGAAAAGAGCAGCGAGCAAAGAGCCACGAAUGUCAGAGGGAGCUGCGAAUGAUGGACCAAGCGGUGGUGCUGCGAGGGAAGAAGCAGAUGUUGACCCCAGUAGAAGUGCAACUUCUAGUACAAUCACAUCACGUGGCCCUGAAGUACACCAUCGUACUAGAAGCAUUAGCAAAGAAACCCAAAGCAGUAAUCGACCUCCUAGUUCUAGUAUGAAAACAAGAAAUGAUGAAGACCUGGGUCAACACCAUGGAGAUGAUGAUUUGAUAAAGGACACCUUUGUGGUGCCGUUAUCAACGGAGACCCGAACGACUACUACGACAUCUUGGACGACAACGACAACUAUUGCUUGGUUUGAGGCUGAAAAACGGCAGGUGAAUGUCAGUACCUUGCAACGGGCAAGGAGUGAUUACGACCUUUCAGCGCAAUUCGUCGGGGAAGAAGAUGGAGAAUUGCGGUUGGUUCAAGUCGCUUGUGAUAUGGAGAGGAGUCAUGAUGCUACUGGUGGUCGUGAACAUCGACUAGAUGACGGUUGUAUCAGGGAACGAGCUAAUCCUGCGUUGCCAGAUGAUCGCGUAUUUCAUGUUCACCUACUAGGCGAAGGUCUUACUGGCGGGCGAGCCUCCUCAGGUGAAAGACAAAGGGAUGAUGGAUAUCAUGGUCCUGGUGUGACUUCUUCUGCGGUGUGUGCUGCUUCGUUGGAACCAACUGCAAAUGGUCGAGGUGUAAGAACUUCGCAUGAUGUAAAUCUUGACUCUGAGGCCCGCACGACGAGGCGCCCGUCAAAGAGGUCAGCUUCAAAGAACAGUGCGCCAAGAGGGCGGAAAGGGCGUAGUACAGGCCGCCCAGGUUCGGGAAGAAGGCGCGGAGGUCGCAGUGACAGUGGUCCUCUCGAUGAUGGUAACCUCCUCUCUGAUCGAAGGUCACAGGAGCAUAGUGAAGGAGACGAGCAGCAGCAUAGCGUAGAAGUGAGCAAAGAAUGGACAGGUGCAAGUACGCGAGGGAUCGGAAAGUACACUACAGCGAACAACAAAGAGACACGAACAGGAACGGAUAGGGACAGAAGUAGGCAGCGUCCACCGAGACCUCGCGCGCAUCACCGCUCCUUAUCUAAAGGACCUGCCAGUGCCACCCCAUCAGUGAGUAGACCGAGAGGCGCGCCUGGGCCUCCACCAGCAGCAACAGCGCAU